AUGAACAUCGCGCGUCGAGCCUUCAGCAGCACCAGCACUGUCUUCUCCAGGAUAGGCAAGACACCAAUAUCCAUUCCACCCACUGUCACGUACUCCCAAUCACCCGACGCUCUCACCGUCACCGGCCCGCUCGGACAGGCCUCCAUUGCACUCCAUCCGUUUAUCACCCUCACUCCCAGCAAGGACCCUGCUGCUCCCAGUCUCACUGUCUCCAUCGCCGACCAUGACGAGAAAAAGCAGCGCGCGAUGUGGGGCACGACGCGUACGCUGAUAGCCAAUGCCAUCACGGGCAUCACAGAAGGGUUCCAGGUCCCGCUGUACCUCGUCGGUGUUGGGUAUCGAGCUGCUAUGGAAGAGGAUCCACGGGGGACAAUGGAUGGUGGUAGUGGAAGGAGGUUCAAUAUGAAGCUAGGGUAUUCGCAUACCGUGUAUGUGCCCGUGCCGCCCCAUAUACAGGCAGAGGUACCUGCGCCGACGAAGAUUGUACUCAAGGCCACAGAUAAGCACGAGCUAGGGUUGUUUGCUGCCAAAGUGAGGAGUUACAGGCCACCAGAGCCGUAUAAGGGCAAGGGGAUAUUUAUUGGCCGCGAGACGAUGAGAAUGAAGACAGUCAAGAAAAAGUAG